GACAUAAUGAAAAAGGCCCCCAUAUUAUAUAUUGAAUUAUGCUGCUGUUGUAGUUUGGCUUAGAAUCUCUAGCUUGGGAUUGCUCACAGCAGUUUUAAUAAUAAUGGAGACUUUGACUUUGAGAUUAGUAUUUUUGCUUAUUUUGCAAGGUUUCUUCUCAAAGACUUAUUCAGAAGAUUUAAUAAGCUGUGAAGAUUCGAAAAUUGAUCUGGUCUUUGUGAUAGACUCUUCCACAAGUGUGGGAGAAAGCAACUACCAGCUGGGAAGAGAUUUUAUGAAGGACCUGUUGCUUGUGGCUGACAUUGACAACGGCAAUGUCAGGGUCGGUGCUGUAGUCUUCAGUAAUGCAGCCUAUAUCCAGUUCCACUUGGACAAGUACAAAACCAAAGCUGAACUGUUUCAAGCCAUCUCUGCCAUCCCUUACAUCUCAGGCUGGACCAACACUGCUGAUGGUCUAAGAACAAUGAGGACGACAAUGUUCAGUCCUGCACACGGAGAUCGUCCUAAUGUCCCCAACAUUGCUGUGGUCAUCACAGAUGGUCAGUCUAACACCAACAGGGAAAGGACAAUCCCAGAGGCUGAGGCUGCUAAAGACCAAGGCAUUCAGAUCUAUGCUAUUGGUGUUGGCGCAGGAAUCACUGAGGAACUUAACAACAUUGCAAGUAAACCUGUAGAUGAUUUUAGAUUUACAGUUCAAGAUUAUAAACAGCUGAAAGAUUUAAAGCAGAAACUUUUUUCUGCUAUUUGUGCGGCAUUACCACCAGUUACAAAAAUACCUACUACACCAAAACCGGUUGUGAUUAGACGUGUGAACACCAGGUUUGAUCUAGUGUUUGUACUUGAUGCCAUUUCCAGUGUGUCUAAAUCUAACUUUGAUCUGAUGAUAAAAUUCAUCAAAGAUUUCAUCUAUGCAGACGAUAUUUACAAUGAAAAUGUUAGAAUUGGUGUUGUCACAAGCAGUAACAGUCAUAUCCAGUUCCAUCUUGACAAACACAGAACUAAAGAUGACAUCAUCAAUGACACAGACGCCAUAGCCUAUCCACCAAAUGACAACACCAACACAGCAGAUGCCAUUAGAACAAUGACAGCCAUGUUCAAUGAGUCAAAUGGGGAUCGUUUAGAUGUUGAUAACAUCGCCAUAGUACUUACAACUGGUGUUUCCAACAGUCAAAACAUUCAGGCAGAAUCUGACGCGGCCAGAACACAGGGCAUUCAUAUCUUUGUUGUUGGCAUUGGUCUAAGGGACACCACACAGUUGGAUGUUAUCGCCAAUAAACCAUUGGACCAAAAUAGAUUUACUGUCAAAGAUUUUACAGAUCUUGAGGACCUUAAGGAGAAUGUUUUUUCUGCUGUGUUAACCCAGAUGCUGGAAAAUAAAAAGAAUUUAGACAACUGUCCACUUGAGCCCACUUCUGUUCAUCUUGAAGUAGCAACUGAUAUACAGGGAAUUGGAAAAAUCUCUUGCUCCUUAGCUGAACAUCCUCCAGAUAAAGUUCAGAUUAGAUUCUUCAUUACAGUGUUUGGUGAAGAAACAAAUGCUGCACAAGUGGUUAAUUCUCCUGAGCGAACUUGGACAAUACCCUUAAGUGAAUUAAGUGGAGAAGAUAAAAGCUUAUUUGAUAAAAAGAUUUACUGUAUUGGAGAAGUAAGAUUUCUCAAAGGGGAAUGGUGUCACACUAAAGGCAGCAAUGUUAUUUCACCUGCUAUUAUGUGCCCUGCACCAACACAGAUCAAGUUAGUUGAGGGUCAAGGUUAUCAGAAUGUACUGGUCAAGCUCACAGCUCCACCGGCUUUCUUCUGUGUUGGUAAAGAUGGAGGUCAGUGUGAACUAGAGGUGGUUAUCAACACUGUUGUACAGAAUAAUGAACUAAGGUGCUCUAAAGAUGAAAUAAUCCCUCAGAUUGUAUUUGGAAUAGAUAAAUGUACCCUGAAGUUCACUAGAUCAAACUGGAAAAAUGGUAUAACCAUCCCAGUCAAGGCCAACAUUGAUAGAAUCCUGGAUGGGGAUAGAGUUGUUACAAUACAAACUACUGUCAAAUUCACUGGUUUGGAAAACACAGAGGAGAGUUGUCCUGAUAUACAGGCCACUGUUGUUGAUAGGGACAAAGCUUCCAAUUGCUAUUCCGUCAAUGAUCCACAUAUUGCAACAUUUGAUAAAUAUAACUAUGACAACCAGCUUGAGGGGGAAUUCAUUCUAUAUAAGCACAAAAAUCUACCUUAUCAGGUAAAUGUGGACUAUCGGCCAUGUGUGCCACAUCUGCAAACAGCCACAUGUAAUUGUGCAGCUGCAAUUCAGUCGGGCAGUAGUGUCAUUGUUUUCAACUCCUGUGAUGCAAAGACUGUCAGACAGGAUGCAACAGCCAUGGACAUAAAGAUUUUUUCUGAUGGGGAGUUAACUCCUGGCACUAAAGUUAGACAACUGGGUGGCGGCCAGCAAUAUGAAGUCCAGCUCCCUACUGGAACAGUUGUAACUGUCAUGCCCAGUCAGGCUACCUUCAUGAAUGUUUUUAUCACAGCUUCACCCGCAGAUUUUAAAAUGGUAGAAGGCAUGUGUGGAAAUUUUAAUGGUGUUAAAGAUGAUGAUGUAGAUAAUCUUUCAGUAGACAACUUUAACAUCAAGUGGAAGGCUACAAAAACAAUUUUCUGUGGUGUGAGUGUCCUGUCCAAUGAUUCAGCUGUCCAGUCUGCCUACAGUAGCUGUACUGGAGAUUCUCAUCCAGUUCUCAGCUCAGAUGUGGAUGUGUUUCGGUGCUCAUCGUCAGAUGUUGAUUCCAAUGAAAUAACUAAGAAGAUCCCAGUUUUUAAGAAUUCUGAGACCACAUGUAAACAACUGACAAGGAGAAAAAGACAGGCAUCUGUACCAAAUCCAAGCCCAACAAAGAUGACAUUGACUGAAGCCCAGCUAAACUGUUCUGGUUACCUGGAGUCUAGUGCAGUGGUUAAAGCAUGCACUGAGCAGCUCUCUAAAGAAAGAGUUACACAAAGUGUGUCUGAAUGUGCUUAUGAUCUAAUGAGCACAGGACUGUUUGAUUGGGCUGUGUCACAUGUAAGCAACCUGGCAGAGGAGUGUAUCACACGAGCUGAACAAAACCAAAGUUCAUGGACAGGUGAAGGUGACACACCUGGUGAACCUGUAUUUCCUCAAGCCAUUGUCACCCAGCUGUGUGUCAGGGACUGUGGGGACAACGGACAUUGUGUCAACUUGUUUUGUAAAUGUGAGAACGGCUAUUUUGGAGAAAGUUGCCAGUUUGGACCAGAUACUGUACCAUAUAUUUUUGGAGCAGAAAAAACUUGUGACAUAGAAGAAACAAAUUGUAAGACUGUGUUACUAUCUGGAGAUUACUUCAGCUCAUCAGAAAAGUUCUCUUGCAAAUUAAACUUUGCCUCAAUUGACACAACAGCAAGAAAAACAGAGAGCAGUGCUGUAGUGAGAGCAGAGUACAUCAGCAUGUACCAAGUUAGAUGUACACUCCCUACACGACGCAGUGCCUACAUCACCGUCACAAACGAUGGCGUCCGUCAGAGUGAAAAUGUUUACCUUCAUGUUGUCCACAACUCCAGCUGUCAGACUUGUGUCAUCAAUGACAACAAAACUGAUGUGCAUUGUACUGUAGCAAACAGCACAUGUGCAAUAGAUGGACAAUGUUAUUUUCAAAAUGAAGAAGACCCUGAUGAUUCUUGUAACAUCUGUGAUGCCAACAGUAACAUACACAUAUGGACUAGAAAAACUGAUUGCAGUGACAGCCUUUCUAAAACAGCAAUCAUCCUGAUCACAGUGUUCUCUGUUCUGAUUGUGUUGGCUGUUGUCAUUGCUGUGUACUACGUUUAUAGGAGAAAGAAAUGUUUCACCUGGAGCACAGAGACAACAGCAGUAAGUGAUCAGUACGUGAAGGUCUCUCUCAAAGACACAGAGGCCUCUGAAGAAAAGAUUUAAAAAAUCUAGGGUCUCACAUACCAGAGCCAGGCAUUCAGAAACCUGUUCACUAGAACUUAACACACUAAAUAAAGCAGCUUGGUGCAUUUUUAUCAAUCACCUACAAACAAUUCAUUGACAUUUCUGAUAGCAAUUAUCAGAAUCCAUAAAUUACAUACUCAUUUAAAAAUCUAAAAAUAACCUUCUUGAUAUUGUCUUGAAUGUAAAAUGUCUUCUUCUGGACUAGUCUUUUUUUAAACAGAGAUUAUGUAUUUAGGUUGUAUUUUUUUGUUUGUAUUUUUUUAAUGUUUAUGGCACUCAGUUUGAAUCUUUGACUUUAGUGAUGAGUAUAGCUACAUGGGUUUUUGGUAUUUGUGGGCUGUUAUUACAUUAUACAUCCUUUUAUACAACAAAAUAGAUUGCUUUAUUGUUAUAAAAUGCCAUAUUUAAACAAUGCCUUAUUUGAAUAUAAUAUUUUUUUUUGUGGGACUGUAAAAUGGCUAACUUGAAUGUUUACUGGAGAUUUACUUCUGGUAAAAUAAUUGCUUUAAAAGAUUUUUAUUUAGUGGAAAUCUAUGAAAAAACUUAACGUGUUGAACUAUUCUAAAACAUUCCUCUAUAUACCUUUGUGGUCAACAUUAUGCUGUUUAUUUAAAAUCUAAACUUUUAAAAUUUAAUUUUAAAAUAUAUUUUUAUAUAAAACUUUGCCUACAUUUAAUAUAAUAAAUUUACACAAGUGAUAAAUGGUUGUGGCUUGGUAUGUUAAAUGUUUUUUCUCAACUUUCAGUGUUUUUUAUCUGCCUUAAAAUUUUAUAUUUUUAACAUAAUAGAUACAUGUUAUUUUCUGGUAUUUUUAGCCAUAAUGGAAAUGUAUGCAUUUAUUUCAUUUUCUGUGUGCCUUUUGAAAAACUACAAGUCAUUGACGUACUAGAAUAAACCCUUGAAAUUUUAAAACUUCAUACAUCAAUGUUGUGUACAAGCUCAGUUCCUCAGAAGAACCCAUGGCUUGUCAUAUUUUUCAAUGUUGUUAGAAAACUUAAGCUUUUUCUCUGGCAUAUUUGAGGGAAUAAAAAAUGGCACCGUCUGGUUGUUACUUGCUUAAUCCUAGUCACUCCUGGAGUAUAGGGCAUUCCAUUCCAUCUGGGCGAGCCACUUCAGUUCACGCCAGGUCUUGCCAGUAGCCUGCACUUCUUUUUUUCAUCUCUCUCCUCCAUGUUCCCAGAGUCCAUUUCAGCGCUAUGUUCGGGAGUCUUCUGUUCACGCGAAGGACGUGACCCAGCUAACUCCAUCUCCUCAUUCGUAUUUCUAAGACAAUGUUUUUAGUGCAUUAUACAUACACGCUUGUUAUUAUAACGUUUUUUUAUGCAAUUUUUUUUCAUUAUUUUAAACUUUUUAAUACUUUUUAAUGAACAUGAAAAUGCGCUUAUAAUAGCGCGGUAAAAAGUACUUUAUAUGAAAAGUUUUAAUUAAUUUGUAAAAAACUAAUUAGGCAUCACAUAAAGUCAAAUUUGAUGUCAGAUUGCAUUGUCAUCGGUUUUUGACCCACGUGCCAAGUUAAAAAUUUCGCUCGGCAAUUUCUAUCCACGAUGUACAAUGCACAACAGACAGAUAGACACACAGACAGAGGAGCCAAGUUAAAUAAAAGAUUGUAAAAAUGUCUAUAUCCUGAUUGUACUGGAGUUUCCACCCCCCCCCCCCC